GACACUGCACACUCCACUGUUGACAUCAUGGCUGACACGUUGGGUGACCGACGAAAUCAACAGGGGGCUGCCUCUCAGUCUGCUGUGAUAGACCUGAACGAUGUCGAGGAGAUGCCAGACAGGGAUGAUUCAUCGGACUAUGACAGCAGCUUUUCAGACUCAGACAGAGGAAAGAAGAAGGGGAUGGGAGAUGACAUCCGACAGAGAUUGGGGGAAAAUGUUGCUGCGAUGAUGUGGCAGUCUGGUAAACAGCAGGCCAGUAAGGCAUGGAAUCUCUACGGCAACAUAGAUAUCCUCCGACCCUACUUCAAUGUAGAGCCUCGCGAAGUCAGGUCAAGGUUGAUGUGGUCAUUUAUUCCCCAGAAGCCUACAUCACAGAGGCAGAGAGUUUCCAGAGAGUUGUACGGGCCUCUAAUGGUAAUCUUUACCAUGAUUGCCUUACUCUUAUUCCAAAUGAAGACAGCAGACCAUCGAGUGGAGGAGGGAACGUUGAUGGGGACUGCCUUUGGAGUGUGCUUUACCUACUGGUUCGGGGCGUCUGCCUUUAUUUGGUUCCUGUCAUUUGUCUGCAAUACUCGCCUCAGCAUGCUUCAGAUUAUGUCCAUGUUGGGCUAUGGGCUGUUUGGUCACUGCAUGGUCAUUCUCCUGGGUACUGUCAUUCAUACGUCACAUGAUCACGUUUUUUUCUACCUUUUAUGGGCAGUAAUUGGUGGCGCUACAACACUUAAAAUGGUUGGUAUCAUAGUGACAAGGACAAGUGGACAGACACAAAGAAUCAUCGUCUGUGCUGCAGUGGCUGCCCUACAUCUGCUUUUCCUCCUCUAUCUACACUUCGCUUACCAUCAAAUUGUGGAAGAUCUGUCACAGGCGUUCGGUAGUGGAGGUGUACAGGCACAGAUGAAGGAGGUGCCAGUCGCCAUUAAACCUGGAGUUGGGGGCUUAGAAAAAGCUGUGAAAGAUGUAACUAGGGCAGCUUUGGAAAUGCACAGUGUGUCUAAACAUGUCAUCACUAAACCAAGUCUACAGGUCCUUAUAAAACAUGCUGCCAAUCUAACUGGAAAAGUACACCAAGCUGCCAUAUGAAGACUUCCUGAACAGAUGUUACUGUGAUACUUUCCAAAUCUACAAAAAAAACUCAGUAUAGGAGCUUAAGACUUGUCUCAGACACCUCGAGUCACAAAGCCAUACCACAAGUUGUAAAUGCGUAUACCUAUGCAAUCGGAGGAAAACUUUGUGUUUGGAAAGCAAAAAUGAAACUUGUUGCUUUCUAAAAUUCAUCCAUCAAUAUAAUAUAUGACUGUAACCUAUAUAAAGGGGCAGUUUUGUGUAGAUUAAUAUGUUUCUUAUACAUUGUGUAACCUCUAAAAUUGACUUUAAGGACUGUAAAGGUACAUACUGUAGAGGUAGUGGUAUUAUAAUGAUAACCACUGAAGAUAAAACCCUGUUAAAGCUGUUAAUGAUGUGUGUGACUUGUAUAUUGUUGUUGGUGUACAGAAAUACGAGUACACUGAUACUGAGUACCAGGAAACGUUUGCCAUUCACUCGUAAAAUACUUAAUUGCUGAAUGCUCAUUUUUCCUGCACAUUUGAUAACUAUAUAUAUGUGGUGUAGAAUAUACCGGUAUACUGUGUGCUAUUAUUAUUUAUUAUGAUAAACUCACCCUUUUUACAAGAGGCAAAAGUUACACUGCGGUGAAAAUUUCCUGGUAAACAGCAAGUAAAUUUACAGUGUACAGGUAGGAAAUUGCCUGUAUAUUGACUCCCAAAUAAUAACCUUAAUUUUUGUGUAAAGACAAUUUCAAUAUUAAAAAAUCUCGUUUUGUAAAUAUAUAUCCAAGACAAUCAGAAGAUAUCUGUGAGGUAAAGCUGGAGGUCAGUAAGUCACUGUAAACUGAGACCUUCAAACCAUCAGGACAUCAGAUGAUCUUUUCCUUGUACGUGUAUCAUGUUUUAAAAGUUUAACCUAUGGUAAAGAGAUAGUUGUGAUGGGUUUUUUGCUUGAAGGAACUGGGUUAUCUCCCUGGAGACCAGACAGCUUUGUUUUGUAUACCUAGGUUUUGACAACAACUGUUUAAAUGUUUGUAACAGCAUGAUUUAACUGGAGAAUUUAACAAAUGCAUCAGGACUUACAGUAAUGUAGUAUUUGAUCUCUAUACAUAUAAUGUAUGUUUACUUUAUUUUUAAAUUAUUUCUUGACAUGUACAAUACAAAUAUUGAGUAAACUAAAUACUGGUGAUGAACAUCUGUAUAGUGUGGGACAAUGUGGUAUAGUCUAAAGUCAUCCAACAGCUCUGCUCUGUUUAGGAUCAUUGGUCAUUAUUAUAAUUUGUGGUUUUAUUUGCUUUUUUAACUGUUAAGCAUUCUUCAGACUGUAAAAUGUUGCUGUCAUAGACAGAAUUGAAAUAAAAAAAUAUAUACUUGUAAAUAAAAAAGAAACAAAAGCAU